AUGUCAAUGUUUAAAGGUAUGUCCAUAAAAUCAUCGGAAAGGAAAAGCAAAAUAAUAAAUAAAACAAAUGUUACAGAUAAUGAUAAUAAUAAAAGAUAUGAAUUAAACGAAUUAGACGUAAUCAAUAUAAAUAAUAAUGAGAAAAAAAAUGAAAACUAUUUAAAUCAUAUGAAUAAUAAUAUAAAAAAUAAUAAUAAUAUUACAUUAUCAUGUGUAAAUAAUUCAAAUAUAUAUAUAUGUAAUAAUAAUGUUAAUAAGGAAAGUUCGAUUGAAAAUGAAAACUCCAUAUUUUAUAAAAAUAAUUCUGUUCAUAAUGAUCAUAAAUAUGUAACUGAUACAAAUAUUAGUAAUUAUGAUGAAUUUAAUGAAUUAAUAAAACCAAUAAGUUCCAUUAAUAAUGACAAUAAUAAUAAUAGUAAUAAUUCUAUUUUACAUGAUACAAAUAUUUUAUACAAUCAACAUAAUAACAAUUUGUUAACUAGCCAUGAACUUUUAUCAUCCAUGCAACCUGAACAAGUCAGGUCGAAAAUAGAAAAAAGUCCUUUAAUAAAUGAAUAUAAUAUAAAAAAUUAUCUUAAUAUUGAUUAUUAUUGUAAUACACCUGUUGAUGAUGAAUUAGAUAAAUUACACUAUUUUUUAAAAAAUUUUCAAAAAAUACUUUUUCAUAAUGGAGACAGUCUAAAAUUAAAAAAUGACAUGUUAGAAGAAUUAUACGAAAAUAAAUUAAGUAAAAAAAUAUUAAUAAUUCUUUCCUUUUUUAUAUAUCAUUCCUAUAUUUAUAUAAGGCUAUCUAAUUUUAAAACAGAAUAUAAUUGUGAUGAAAUGAUAUAUAAAUUAAUAUGUUAUGUAAAUAGCAUCAGGAAGGAUAGGAAAAGAUAUAAAGAUGAAGAAAAAAUAUGUAUAAUUGAUGAAAAAUUAGAUAUUGCUGAUAUAAUACAAAAUAAAAUAUUUAAAUAUAAUCUUUUACUAGAACAACUCGAAGAACAUAUAAAUCACUUGUUUGAAAAAAAAAAAAUUAUUCAUCAAAAUAAUAAUAUGUUAACACAUUAUGUAAUUUGUCUUUUGAAAAUAAUUAUGCGUAACAUAUAUGAAAAUAGAAAAUAUGAAAAAAAAUACAAAAUGGACUUUUUUCAAGAUAAAAAAAAACAUAUACAAAAUGAUCAAGAUGAAGUUUUUAAUAGAGAGAAAAAUAUUGUACAAGAAGAAGAAAAAUUCAUAAAACAAAAGGAAGAAUUACAAGAACAAAUGAGAAAUAUUAAUGAUAAUAUAAAAGAUACAAAUAUGAAAUAUGAAACACAAAUACAACAAAUUGAUGAAGAAAUUAUUUCUAUUGAUAAACAUAUUAAAGAAUUAGAACAACAAAUUGAACAAAAAAAAAAUGAAAAAAAACAAGCACAAAAUGAAAAAAAUAAAUUACAAAUAGAACAAACCAAACAAUUAAAUCAACUUAUAGAUAAACAAUCCGAUAUAAAUACAUCCUUUCAAUUAUUACAAAACUCAUUUGAUAUAUUAAAUAAAGAAAAACAAGAAAUCAUAUACAUUAAGGAAAACAUAGAUAAACAAUUAAACAAUUUGAAAACAAUUUAUCAAAAUUGUAAUGAAAAUAAAAUUUCAACUCAAGUUUUUUUAAACAAGAUGAAAAAUAAUUUGAUAUUUGUAUGUAAUAAUAAAGCAGAUCUUAUGCACUACCCUAGGAUAGAUGAUGUGCAACAAGUAUAUCAUAAUAAUGAGAAUAAUCAAGACAUAAGCAAUAAUAAUAACAAAGAUAUUAUUAACAUAACAGAAAAUGAUAAAUUACAUAUCAACAACAACAACAACAAUAAUAAUAAUAAUAAUAAUAUAAAUAACAGUUAUAAUGUACAAAAUGCGAAAUAUUUAAAGAAAAUAUUUUUUUUGAAAAAAGAAUUAUUUGAUAUGGAAAAAAAUAUUAAUGACAUUAAAGAUAAAAAAAAAAAACUUGUGAUAGAUAUAAACCAACUCAAUUGCGAAGUAGAUAAUAUAAAUAUAAAAAAAGAAAACCUAAAAAAUAAAAAAAAAAUAUUACUUAAAAGUAAAAUGCUAAACGAAGUCAAAAAUACAAUUAACGAAUUUGAUGAAUUGCUAUUAACAGAAAAUAAUAAUUUAAAAAUGUUAGAAAAUUUCAAACAGGAUAUGAAUGAAUUAAAGACAAAACAUAUUUUGUUAAAAGAUAAAAAAGAAAAGCUCAAGAAAAAGUUAUAUGCUUUGGAAAAUAAAUUAUUAAAAAGUGAAAUAAAUUCUGUAAAAUUAUCACAAAACUUAAAAUAUAAUCAAACGGGACAAGAACAAAAGAAUGAACAAGAUGAAAAGAAUGGAAAACACCAAAUAAAUCAAGAAAAUAUAAAUAAUGAAACUGUUCAAAAUAAUGUACAUGAUACAAAUAAGGAAAAAGAAGAAGAACUGAUAGACGAUAUUUUUCUUUUUUCAGAUGAAUCAGAUAAUUAUAAUGAUGACAUUUUAAAUUUGAACAUGAACGAAAUCAUCAAAGAGAUCAAAGAUGAGGAAAAAUCUUAUAAUGAAGAGGGAAAUAACCAAACGGAUAAUAGUGAUGAAGAAACUAAACAAAUGGAUAAUUAUGCAGAAGAAACUAGCCAAAUUGAUAAUAGCGAAGAGGAAUCUAGCGAAAAUGAUAAAAAUAAAGAGCAAACUAGUCAAAAUGACAAAAUUAAAGAUCAAACUAGUCAAAAUGAUAAAAAAAAAGAUGAAACUAGCGAAAAUGGUAAAAAUAAAGAUGAAACUAGCCAAAAUGAUAAAAAUAAAGAUGAAACUAGCCAAAAUGAUAAUAAUAAGGAUUUAAAGGGGUAUAUGGAAAAUAACGAGAAAAAUAUGAAUCAAAGUGAUAACAAUGGAUUAACUAGUUCAAGCUAUGAAAUAAAAAAAAAUGAUGAUAUAAUAAAUAAGGAGGAAGAUGAUGAUAUUAUGAAUGAUGAAAUACCUAAUAGUAAUUAUAUAAAUGAAUUACAUAUUAUACUAAAAGAAUUAAAAAUAGAAGAGAACAAAAUGUUAGAGAAUAUAAUUGAAAGAUAUAAGAUAAUAUAUGGUAUGAAUAAAGAAGUAGAUUAUAAUAUGUUAGAGGAAGAUGUGAGUAAUUUUCAUAAUAGUAUAACACAUGAAGAAAAUAUGUUGAAAAAUAAAAAAUUAGUCCUUUUGAGAAAAAAAAGAAAUAUAUUAAAAAUGUAUUAUUCUUAUUCGUCUGAUAAUAGUGAGGACGACGAAUGA